CGAAUUCUCGAGCAAAAUGAAAAUUAUAGUGCUUUUUAUCGUCUGUUUCCAAGUGAUGGAAAUUCUAACUGAAGAUUCCAUCCAGACCAAUUUUACGUUGAACUUUUUUCGCCACUGCUAUCAGGCUAAUCCGAAUCAGAAUACGAUCCUAUCGCCAAUUGCGAUUCACACUCUGCUGGCGAUGAUGUACGAGGUGGCCCAACCGGAUGUGGCCGCAGAGCUGAGACGCGUUCUGGAACUUCCGUCUGAUCCGGAGGUGAUUCAAAACAAUAUAAAGAAAAUCAAGUCAAGCCUCAACAACGAAGCCCUACGCAUGACCUUCCGGAUGUACCACUCCAAUUUCUACACCAUUCGGCACGAGUUUCAGCGCAUUAUCGAAAAUAAGUUUCAAGUGCCUGUGGAAUCGGUGGACUUUAAUGAGGGUCAAAAGGUAGCCGACUCUGCCAAUCGAUGGGUGGAAAAUGCUACAAACUCUAUGAUCCGGGAUUUAUUCUCCCAAGGAGAUUUCUCACAAGAUGAUAUCAUGAUGCUGCUGAAUGCCGUAGCUAUGAAUGCUACGUGGGCUUUGCCAUUUUUAAGUGAAGACACACGGAAGUCUGUUUUCCAUUUCGAAAAUGGAGAUCACGAGGUCGAUAUGAUGUUUAAUGUUGAUUUCUUCCCGGCCCUUGCUAUACAAGGAUUGUUUGCCUUAGAGCUGGCCUAUUCCCAAAAUACAGACUUGUCGAUGUUGAUAAUUUUGCCGGACCACGAAAUUUCAUUAUCAGAUGCAAUAGAUCUUCUUAUUGAGCACAAACUUUACGACGAAAUCAAUAGCAUAAUAACUAAUCAAGAGAUCCACAUGGAUCUGUACAUGCCCAAGUUCUCAAUUGUUCAGAAAACUAACGUCAAAGACAUUCUAUCAACCAUGGGUAUGGAUGCAACCUUUUUACCGGAUGCUUUCCAGACGACCAGGGAUGCCCCCUCGAAGGUGUCCUGCUUCAAGCAAAACGCACGAAUCGAUGUCACCGAAAGAGGAACAUCCGCGGCUGCUGUCACUGAAAUGAAACUGUCCUACCAUUCGCUGCCACAAACGAUCGAAAUUGAUCGCCCGUUCAUAUUUAUAAUUCGGAAACACUCAUCGAAGGAGAUUAUUUUUAUUGGUCAAUAUUCACAUUCCUAG